AUUUUCUGGCAUUAUUGUCUCCAGAAUGCUUACGCCAAUGCAUCGAUACUUUGGGUGCAUUUGGAUUGCAAAUGGAUGACUUGAACAUUAGUUUGACGGCUGUUGGUCUUCUAUGGAAUGUAUCUGAUUUCAUUCAAACUAAACGUGCAGAACUAGAAAAGAAUAAUUCGCAGGCAUCUAAGCAUGAGGAUACUCCAAAUAUUGAUGAAGAAAUUGAUCAAAUGAUUGGAUCUACUUUGACUGUACGGACAACAAAUGCAUUAUGGUUAUUAUUAUUGCUGCAACUGUCGAAAAUAUGUUCGGAUCCUCGACCUGAGGUGCGCAAUGGUGCAAAUCAGACAUUAUUCCGUACAAUUGAUAUGAAUGGUGCUGUAUUGGGAAUCAACACGUGGAAUACUUGCAUUUGGAAAGUAUUGUUUCCUCUGUUAGACUCUGUAAAUCUCGCUUCCUCCAGAGCUUUGAAAGCUAUGCAACAGCAUGGAACAGAAAUGGAAAAGAUUAACUUGCAGCAAGAAUCUCGUGGCUUUAUGGUACAUCACUCGCGGAACACUGUGGACAAACAAUGGGAUGAGACCAAAGUUUUGGUAUUGAAUGGAGUCUCUGGAAUUUUUAAAAAUUUUUUAUCCAUUUUGGUGAACCUCGAGAAUUUUCCACAAGCUUGGGAUCUUUUGUUAUCACAUUUACGGGAUUCUUGUUUACAUUCAAGUCAUGAAGUGGCAAUUGCAUCAAUCAAAGCUUUACACACAAUGAUCCAAUUUCCUAAUGAUUCGGAUCAAAGCUUAAGUGAAAAGAUUUCCCCACUAUGGCAAACUACAUGGAUAAUGUGGGAAAAAAUUGGUUUGGGAAUAAUUACAGGUUUUGAUAAUACUCAUCUCCCUGGGAGCACUGGAACUAUACCCACGGAUACAGCAACGCCCAAUGAUCAAAAUGUAUCUCGAUUUUCCCAGGAUACGCUAACCGCAUAUAUAUCGAGCUUUACUGAUCUUUACAAAUUUAUAAGCACAAACUUUAAACUCGAUGAAACUAAGAGAUUAUUAAAAGUUGCUCGUGGAAUUCUUGUUUACUCUAAAAGCCCAUCUUAUCGACCUGAUCAAGAUUAUCCGACCCCUUUACAAGAAUCAAUAUUGGAUCUUGUUAGUAAAAUCGACCUGAAUGUGAAAGGAGCUCCUGCUGCUGUAUUGAACGAUUUAGCAGAUUACAUUACAUUAGCUUUCAAAAAAUUUGAUCAUUUAUCGCAACAAAUGAAUUAUGAAGAAGCCGAAGCUCAUUCACAACCACCACCACUUCCACCUAAGAAUGAAGGGAGUAGCUCAUCGUCGAAAUCAUUCUCGACAGUUACUUUUAUUGCUUUCUCAAAAACA